CCUGUGAGCAGGAACUCUGCAACCGAACUGAGGGCGGAAGAGGGGCGGCAGGAAAAUAUUAACGGAAAGAGCAGCGAAACACCGCCCCGGGGAGGAGUAGAAGCGGGGGGUCUGCGCCAUGGCGUUGUCGCGGUAGCGCCGGCACGUGCUAUGGGGGGAGGGGAAGAGGAGGGAAAACGAGGUGAAGCAAGCGGCAACUACAGAUCCCGGCAAGCCGUGCCUCUUUCCCGCCCCACAUCUCCCUCUCCUCCGCCCCCGUGUUGAAGAAGAAGCGGAGUCGGGCUGGGUCAGGGCGUAGGGGUGCCCUCGGGUGCCGACCUCAGCGGGGUAAUGGAGUCUCAUAGCUCUGUCAGAAGUCGGGACAGUAAAUUACAAGCUUCUGAAAGUGAAGAUGAGAUUGAGUUCAUUGGAGAAGGACCUUUAAGACCUGUACUGGAAUGCAUUGAUCUUGUCAGUAGUGAGGAUGAAGAGCCUCGCAGCAGUUCUUAUGUUCAUAGAGUUACUAAGCGUAAAGAUCACAUUGACUAUCAGAAAGAACGAGUUGCUUCAACCUUGGAUCGUCUGGCACGCCACGUUGAGGUAGAGAAACGGCAAAAAGAAGAGAAAAACAAAGCCUUUAAGGAGAAAGUUGAUUCCCAAUGUGCUCAUGCGUUGCAAGAACUAGAAUUUAUUCGACAACACACUGACACAGAAGCUGCAAGACUGUGUGUCAAGCAGUGGUUAAAAAUGCCAGGUCUUAAACCAGGCACCAUUAACAGUGGAAAAAGAGGUAUCUAUAAGAGAGCAAGUGAGACACGAACCAAUAGCAGUCCCAUAUCUUGUCCUGUGAUGCGCUGCAACAGGGAGUUUGAUAAUGCACAUCUCCUCCUAGGUCACCUUCAAAGGUUUGAUCAUUCUCCUUGUGACCCAACAGUCACUUUACAUGGACCCCCAAAUAAUGCUGUUGCCUGUGUGAUAUGCUGCAAAGUAUUUUCAACCUCUCAGCAGUACAGUGAUCAUCUUCUGUCUAAGGUGGAUGAAAGUGAUGGACAUAAAAAAGGUCUCCCUCCACAGCAUAUUCCAUGUUUUGCAUGCCCAAAGUGCUUCCUCCUUUUCAUCAACAAGGAUGAAUGCUUGAAGCAUAUGUCAGUAAAGAAUCACUUCCUCCAGGUUUCAAAACUGAGUGAUGAAACAAAGGCUGGCCUUCCUUUACCUUUCCCAGCCUAUGCAAAGAACCUUCUCAUAUCUCUGUGCAAAGAGAUCCCCUUCCAAGUGAAGUGUAUAUCCUGCUACCAGGCUCUACGCUCCCAUAUGGAAUUAACUGCUCAUUUCAGAACACGUUGUAAUAAUUCUGGGCCUGUGGCAGUGUCAAAGAAGAGCAUCUCCCAAGUUGCAGAGAUAUUUAAAACAAAAGGUUAUUGUGAGAAUUGUGAUGAACUGUUUGCUGAUAAGAAUCAGAUUAUCCAGCAUAAGCAAAAUACUCAGCAUAAAAUUAAAGUUUUUACUUCAGUGGAAGAGUCCAUCUUGAUGUUCUGUCAUGUCAAUGGGAAAAAUAAAAAUCAGUCUCAUUUGUGCCAUAUUGUGGAUCGGUCAAGACCACUGCUUAAAAGACACUUGGCUUCAAAUGAGUCUGUCACGGAAAGGGAGUCUACUCCUUCAAAACGGAAGAGCGAUUUAAAAGAUACAAAUGAAGAUAAUGUAGCAAACCAAAGUCAAGCUAGUGCUUUUAAAGUAAAAGCCUGGUUUUGUGAAUGCCUUCAGAAGUUUUUUACAGAAGAGUUGGUAGAAAAGCACAUUUUAUCAGCAAAUAGGAUCUGUCACAAGUGUGCUGUGUGUGGAAAGCUUGCUGAAAAUUCAAGCAUUAUCCGCCUGCAUAUGAGUCGAUUCCAUGGGGGAGCACACUUGAAUAAUUUUCUUCUCUGGUGCAGAGCGUGCUCUGUAGAUCUCAGGGAAGAGGAUAUUAUGGAACAUGUGACUGAGUUUCAUGGUGGACAUUGCUACUAUUAUGAACAAGAAGCUCUGGAAGAUGAACCUAUGCCAUCUGCUUCUGAUGCAGUGUGCAUUUCUGCAGGUGAAAGGAAAGACCGUAGUCCUAGUCCUAUGGAACUCAACCCUGAAAAAAGCCCUGUUCUGGGAAAAUGGCAGUGUCACAUUUGUGAGGAGAUGUUUGAAUCUGAAGAGAGUGUUAAACAACAUUGCAUGUCACUGGAAAGCCAUGCAUUUCACAGAUACAGCUGUGGCUUGUGCAGAAAUCACUUUCGCAAAAUAGGAACAUUACAGAGACACUUUCAAGAGCAUCAUAAUGAGGAGGUACAGACUAAAUACUUCUGUGGCCUUUGUGGCAAUCUCUUCUUCGACACAGAAGAAGAAUUUCUAGUCCAUUAUAAGGAGAUUCAUAGCAGGGACUAUGCAUUUGUGCCUGAGCAGAUGGAAUUAUCAAUAAAAAAAGAAGAGGACUUCCUCCCAGUAGAAAAAGGAGACUGUUUAACCUGUGGUUGCCGGACAACUUAUGUCUCAAAAAUAAAUAGGAGGAAUGAUUAUAUGAAUUGUCAGAAAGCCAUGCUGGAAAAAGGAAAGUUAUGGUUUCGAUGCUGCCUCUGUUCUGCAACUGCACAGAAUUUUGAUGAUUUGAAUACUCAUCUGAACAGUCAUGCACCUGUGAAACAGAGGGAGGAAAUGUAUGUUGUUCGAUGUGCUGCAUGCAACAAAAACUUUGACGAUCUUCAGAGUGCACAUCAGCACUAUCACAUGAAGCACUGCUUCUUGCAGAAACCUAAUCUCUCAAGUCUUGCAUCAGAAUCGGAAAAUACAGUAUUUAAGUUCACAGCAAGUGGGGCUUGUGUGGACAGAAAACCUCACAAGGUAAAAUUUCAAACAUCUCCAUCUAAGAAUCAGGGAAGACCACAGUCUCCUCUGCAUGGACCAAUUCAGGGAAAGAAAAUUAAAAAAGAAAGCCCAGUACACACUGAAGAGCAUGAUGAAGAUUAUGAACUUCCUGAUCUUGACUAUCUGAGUACCAUGACACACAUUGUGUUGGUGGAUCUGGACAACUGGGGAAGCUUAUUCACGCAGCUGCCAGCUAACCUGAACCAAGGAACCUUUAUCUGGGGCUUUCAAGGAGGAUACAGCAACUGGAAACCUCCAGUGCAGUGCAAAACUUACAACUAUCUUAAGCGGAUUGGAUGUUUCUUUCUUCAUCCACGCUGUGGUACCCGAAGAGAAGCAGCAGAUUUUGCUAUCUGUGUUCAUGCUGGUCGUCUGGAUGAGCACCUGCCCAAGCAGAUUCCUUUCACUGUACUUUCUGGAGACAAAAGCUUCCUGGAACUGGAAAACCAAUUUAAGAUGACCCAGCGGCCAGCUCGCAUCCUAAAUCCUCACCGUGUUGAUGGAGACAUGAUGUGUGCCUUGCUAAACAGCAUUUCAGAUACUACAAAAGGUUCAGAUAGUGAAGAGGAUGAAAUUCUCCAACUAACAGUGAAGAGGAGCUUAGAAGAAACAAAGAAACAGGAAGAGCAAGAUGCAGAGCUGGAAGAAGCUAUCAAGAGAAGCCUUGAGGAAAUGUAAAUAAAGAUACUUCAGUACAAAACAGCAUGUCAUCAGAGCUGCUCACAAAAUGGAAGCUUGUUCAUCUAUUUACAAAAGUUCAGAAAUACCACUUGGAAAACAUGUCUGUAUUUCGAAUUGUUACAUUUAUAAUCUGAUGUCUUCUCUCAUACUGAUGACCAGCUGGAGUUUAUGGAUAGCCACUGCAGUAUAUUGUGUAUGAUAAAAUAUUUUUAAGCCUUUGCAUAUUCUGUUUCUAAUGGCUGAUGACUAAGUCUGUCUCUGCCUAAUUAGGAAGCUGGUUUUACUAGGUAUUUUGGGAGAUUUAGAUGUUUGUUUUCUCAAGAUUGGUUCCUGUAUUUUAUUUUUCUGUCACAAAAUGUCAUUGUCUUUAUUUACAUGUUUGUGUGCUCUUUGCAACAGAUAAAAAUAGUAAACUCCAGUUAUCUCAGAUUUGCUUAGCUAAUCUUGUUAUAAAGAGAAGCUUAGAUCCUGGGUUUAUAAAUGGAACUUGGCCUAACUCUUGCCUAUGGUCAGUCUCACCUCUGACUGUAAUUUUAUCUAUGUCCUGUUUGUUGUAAACGUCAGAAUCAGGACCACAGGCUGUACAGUUUGUUUGUUUAUUUUUAUAAAUAAUUUUUUUUCAAUUAGUAGCAUGGUAAAGUGUUGGAUUUCAUGGCUUAAAGUUUAACAGCUUCAGUUCCUCUCCCUUAUCUGAGGCUGAAACAACUUUUUAAGUGAACAGAAGCUAAAUAAACUUCCUAGUUCCUGUUUUAAAUAGAUGUGAGAAUUUAAGCCAUGUUAUUCCUGUAUACUACUGUCUUUGCUCCCUUUUUGUUUAAGGAGAGGUAGCCUUGGAGAAAAUAAUGUAAAUGUGUUAAUUUAUACUGUCCUUAUUUUAAGGCAAGCAAUUAUUUCUGUGUUUGAAAUUUUUAUCUAUCCCUUUUUCAGUUCCUUCCUUUAUAAAUACCUGUUCAAGCUGUCCAGCUUCACCAGCCUAUAACACUUAAGUUAGUGAUUGCUGUCAAUCAGGAAGAGAUCUCAAUGUAAUAAAAUGCUGGCUUCACUUUUUAAAUUAUCUUGUGAGAUUGCUUCAAACUGCUGUAAAUAAAAGUAUUUCUUAUGCAAAAAAAUUAUUUUUUGUGAACAGUAAGACAAGGGGAAGGCUAGGUUUUGCCCAUUCUUCAUUACAAAGAGUCAGAAUAACCACAGCUAGCUGUGUGUCAUCUUGAGAAAACUGGCACUGAUUUUUUUUUUUUUCAAUCAAGUUUCUGAUACAGUUGCUAUCUCUAGAUUCUUCAUUAGUUCUGUUUGUGUUAGAGAGUUAUCUCAGUGUUCAUUAGCAGCCAUAGAACUUGGAGAAACUGUUCAACCACCAGAAUACAGUUUGAACAUUUGUGGUGCAUUUGAUUCAGACACCCAAUGGUUAGGGGGAACAGGACUUCUUAAUGUUACCCAGGAGCCUGCUGCUUGCUUUCCCAUGCAAAUGUCAGAUUAAUUGCACCCCUGUUCAAACCUGGGUAUGUAGUUCAUUGUGGUGCUGAGGAAGCCCUGUUCUGGAAGAUUUUGAAUUGCCUUUAGCUGCUGACUUAAGCUAAAUCAGCUCCAGAAUUUUUCACACCAGAUUCUAAUGAAGGGUAGAAUGAGACAUAAAAACAUUCAGGUCUUCAAAAGCAUCUCAGUCUCUGGACAGGUUGUAUUUGGGUUUUUUUCAGUGCAGACCCUAAAGCUGACAACUCCUUUCACAUGAAAAAGAUGUUUCAGUUUGAGAAAGUUUUUUGCUUGGUUCAACAAAUGUUUAAAUCCUCAGUAAGAUGGUGUUCUCCAAAGACUUCUAUGUUGGGUUUUGAUAAUUUGUGUUAUUCCUCAUAACCCUUUUUUCUCUCAAAUGUAAAGUGUUCUUGUAUGUGAUGGGCUCCAACUUCAUUGGUUGCAUUAAAAGAAGAAAAAAAAAAAAAGAAAAAAGAAAAAAGGAAAAGCCAUGUUUGCCCCCACAUACGCUAUACCUGAAGCUCCAGGUUACUAAACAACUAAACACACUGUAUCGGCCUCCUUGUCUGCUUAUGAGAGCAAGUAGCAAAUCCCAGCUAUUUGUGCUAUGGCUGUUAUGAAACUGCUAAGUAGAGUUCCAAUCUCUGCAUUCUUAUUUUAAAAGUAGACUCCAGAUUUAUUGAAAUCUUUAAAUUUGUCCUCAUUUUCUUUGGUUCGUAAGGCUCUCCUAACUCUGUGAAAUUUUCUUUUGCGAAAUUUUCUGCCAUCAGAGCCUUGUGAUACUUCUGUUUCCAGCAGAGCAGAGAAAGUGGAUUCUUGAAACACUGCAUGUACAGACAUGAGACUUGUUACUAACAUCUUGCAGGACUGCACCUUGUUCUUCACCUGGAAAAGGUGACUUCUGAAUUUUUUGUUUCAGAAUGUGAUGCGUCUGGCUGGGGAGUCUUGUUUAACUGGCUGAAAUUUUUGAGGUUUGCCCAGUGUGUGCCAAGAGAUUUGUCUGUAUUUACAAGCUAAAACUCAUCUAUUAAAAGGAGCUUGCUCCGCUUCCUCUAUGAUGAUCUAGAAGUGAUUUGUCCUGCUUUUGUUAAGAGAAUUUGCUUUUGUGGUGAUGUUGGAGUUCACCCUUCAUUAAUAAAAAGUAAUGCUGUGGUGCUUUUUUGUAUUAAUCUUUAAAGAGAAACAAGUAUAAUCUCCACCUUGCUACCACCAGUGAGUUCAUUUUAAGGCUCUUAAUUUCUUUAUAGUGCAUACGUGAAUUUUACAGAAAUGAAAUUGUGACAAGUUGAGAUUGGUACAAGGCUCUUAUUUCUCUGGUGAUCUGUGUGCCAUAUUCUUUCAUAUCAAACAAAAUCCUCCUUUUGGUUGUAUUCAGAGAUGAGAUGCCAAGUAAGUCAUUUCAACAGUUAUAAAAGGUCAUAGAGCCCUAAAACAUCACAGCUGCCCUGUUGUUUCUGCAGUUCAAGAUUUAAAAAAAAAAAUAAUAAAUAUUGACAU